CAAAGAUCAGCAUUUUGGUGACGUACACAAUUCGGUUUGUAAACAUGAAAGUGUACAGGUAAUCGAAGCUGUAGCUCGUACCCGAGUUCAGAGAUAACGAAAAGAUAAGCAAAUGAUAUAAUGUUAGCAUUCCAUAGUGUGGUCCUUUAUCUGUAUGAAAAGAUGACAGGUGAUAGCCCAGUUGCGAAGAGAAGGAGGUCAGACAUGGAAGGGGUGCCCCUCUUACUGAAAAUCCUCGCCUCCUCUGUCCCCGUGGCUGACAAAUCGGGUGGACUUAUUAGAGACGUGCUUGAGAAAGGUGAUCUUGGGGUUGUUAAGAAGGGCUGGAAUGAUCUUCAGACAGAAGCUGACAGAGCUGCUCAAAGAUGCAUCGUUGCUUCCCUUUCUAAAAGCUUUCCAAAUGUUACAAUAAUUGGAGAGGAGGAAACAGACCCAAAUGAAGAUAUCAAACCAGACUGGGUUGAAACAAGUCUGGAUGAAAAUAUCCUCAAGCAUGUAUCAAAUUUUCCAGAAGAAUGGAAAGAUGUCAAGGAUGAAGAUAUUGUAAUUUGGGUUGAUCCACUUGAUGGAACUGCAGAGUACACACAAGGUUUGCUGGACCAUGUUACUGUGUUGAUUGGUAUAGCAGUUAAGGGUAAGGCUGUGGCAGGUGUAAUUCACCAACCUUACUACAACUACAAGGCAGGGCCUGGAGCUACACUGGGAAGAACGAUAUGGGGCAUGGUUGGAUUAGGUGCAUUUGGUUACACUCAGAAGCAACCGCCAAAGGGCAAGAACAUCAUAACCACCACCAGGUCCCACUCUAAUAAGGUGGUGACAGACUCUGUGGAUGCAUGUGAACCAACAGAAGUGAUAAGAGUGGGAGGUGCUGGCCACAAGGUGUUGCUGCUCAUUGAAGGUGAAGUUCAUGCAUACGUCUUUGCAAGUCCAGGAUGCAAGAAAUGGGAUACAUGUGCCCCUGAGGCAAUCCUUACAGCAAUAGGAGGCAAGCUGACAGACAUUCAUGGCAGUAAGCUUCAGUACCAUAAGGAGGUACAGCAUAAGAACACUGCAGGAGUGCUGGCCACAUUCUCUGUAGAUCACCAGUGGUACCUGGAUAAAAUACCUCAGUCUGCCAAGGAUGCUCUAAAACCAUGAGGGUAUUUGGAACUUGGGUCUAAACUGUAGAUGUCUGGUAUAAACGUGAUACGUGUACACUCAAAAGCUGUGAAAUAUUAUCGAUUUUUCAUGUAAUCAGAAGAGGUGGGAUAUCAUUUUAAAAUGUUUCAUUUACAUAAUAUGUGAGGAAGGUUCACUCUUCCUUCAGUAUCGUCAGCUGUAGACCACAACAAACUUCUUUAAUUUAGAGCCAGUUUGACAGCCAUAUGAAUUAUAGUUUCCAGAAAUUGGCGUUUCAGAAUGCAAUGUGUAGGUUAUUGAGGAACAUGUAUGUAGUAUUUGGUGAAGCAUUUUGUCUUCUCUCCAAAGAUAAGGAAAACAUUUCAAAAAGUAGUUAAUGGACUCAAGUUCCAUACCUGGUACGUGCUUUUUUUUUUUGUAGGUGGCUGGGCUUAACCGCAGCAACUUAUAUUUUCGCUGCAUUUAUCUGCUUGGUAUAAUUUACAUGAAACUGUGUUAAAAUCAUUUAGUAGACUUCUUUGAACAGAUUAGAAAUACAUGUAUGCAAUUUUCUUACCUGUCAUGUUUGUGAUGUUGGAUAUUAGGAUCAGUGCAUUCUGCGUGUUGCUAUCUAAUGUUGCAUUUUCAAGUACCUAAGCAUUUAACUUUUGAAAAUGUGAUAAAUGCAGAUGUAUCAUGUUAAUAAAGAUGGAUCAUUAC